AUGCCUGAAACAGGAGUACCAACAUAUCGUGUAUAUGGUAUUCGAUGGAUUCAAUUAAUAGUUUAUGUCUUAGCAACAUUUGCUAAUGCAAUGUGUAGUAUGACAUUCUCACCAAUUGAAUCUGAAGCAUCAAAAUUUUAUUCAAUAUCAACAGCAGAAGUAAAUACAUUAACUAUAAUAUUUUUAUUUCUUUAUGUUAAUUGGUACAAUAUUAUCCAUAUGGUUAUCACAAAUAUUUUCAAUGCGUAUAAUAAUGAUUAUUGGAUCUAUAUUAAAUUUAGGUCCAUAGGAGCACCAUUCUUUUUAAAUUCAACAGCAUUAUUUGCUGCACGUUGGUUUCCACCUUCUCAAUGUGAUAUAGUAACAGCUAUUUGUUCAAUGGCUUAUCCAUUAGGUUUAGCAAUUGGUUCAUUAGUUCCAUCAUUUAUUGUCAAUGAUCCACCAACAUCAAAAGAAUUUUUUAUUCUUUUAAUAAGUGAAGCUGGUUUUACUGUAUUAACAGUAUUUUUAUUAAUAAUUAUAUUUCGAUCUGGUCCACCAACACCUCCAUCACCAUCUGAAGAAUAUUAUCAAACAAUAAAUUUAAAAGAAGAUUUAAUUAAUUUAUUAACAAAUCGUCAUUAUUUAAUACUUUUAAUGGGUUUUGGUCUUGGUUUAGCUUUAUUCAAUACUAUAACAACAUUAUUAUAUCAAUUAAUUUAA